CAGUUGUGUACAAGUUCUAUAUAAACCAAACAAAACUUAUCAAGAAGACACACUCGAAACCCAGCAACCAAUAGCAUCCCGAUGAAAAUGCUUCACUUUGCCGUUCUCUUUGCUCUCCUGUUUUCUUCCUCCUCUCAUGCAGCUGAUUUCUGUGUUGCAAAACUAAAGGGUGCAGGAAGCCCUGCGGGGUACGCCUGCAGAAUGCCCUCAAAUGUCACAGUCGAUGAUUUUGUGUUUACUGGCCUUGGCGUUGCUGGUAACACUACCAAUAUCAUCAGUGCUGCUGUCACCCCAGCUUUUGUACAGCAAUUUCCUGGUGUAAAUGGGCUCGGUCUAUCCAUGGCUCGACUAGACCUAGCACCAGCUGGUGUUAUCCCGAUGCACACUCACCCGGGUGCAUCCGAAAUCUUAUUCGUGGUGCAAGGUAAGAUCACUGCUGGAUUCAUUUCCAGCUCGGCCAACACUGUUUACGUUAAGACUCUUAAGAAGGGUGAUGUUAUGGUGUUUCCACGAGGGUUGCUUCACUUUCAAAUCAAUGCUGCUGGGAUACAAGCAAUCGCUGUUGUUAGCUUUAGUGACCCUGAUCCUGGCCUCCAAAUCACUGAUUUUGCGUUCUUUGCCAACGACUUGUCCUCAGAACUGCUGGAGAAAUCAACUUUUCUUGAUGAUGCUCAAGUUAAAAAGCUCAAGAAAGUUCUUGGUGGAACUGGCUAGGAUUGCUAAAGUUGUUUCUUGCUAAGAAUCCAUUUCUUCAUGUGUAUUGAUUAGACUUAUGUGGGUUGUGUUCUCGUCAAUUGUUUUCCCCUUAGUUUUAUGGAAUUUUGUUAUGA